AUGAAAUUCACUCUAUUCACUCAGGCUGCUUUAGCCAUCCCCUUUAUCACUGGAGCUUUUGCUAUUCCUACUCCAGAUGGCAAGUCUUCAAGUCUUAAAAACUUCCGAUAUCAACAGGACUGGGUUGAGAGUGGUCUGGACAGAUAUCGAAUGCAUCUUAUCACAAGCUCUCGUAGUGACCGACAUCUCGAUGUCUACUGCGAAGAUUUCAAGAAACUAGUUGGUCUCGCCAUCAAUCCGCAGUGCUUCUGGGGCGAUGCAUUCUAUGCUGAUGCAAGCGCUGCUCGAGGCCCUGCAGGGCAAAAAGUAAUUCAAGACCGCCAUAACAAAGCUUGUGAUGAUUUUGAAAAGAUUACCGGUUGCCGAACAAUUAGAGAGUUCUAG